CCGGCGCCGCGCGGGGCAUCCUGGGGGCUGUCGUCUUAUCGCGGACCCGUGCGGAGGAGUGGGCGGCGGUGGUGACUACAGCUCCCAGAGUGCUUCUGCGCGCGCUGGCGGAGGCAUCGGCCAAUCGGAGCGACGCAUGGGGGUGAUUGAUUUGCGGCGCGGUGCAAUCCGCUGUGCAGGAGAGUCAAAACAUGCCCGCCCUCCGGGCGGAGUCCUGACAGGCAGGCCAGCUAGCAAAUAGGAAGUGGCUACGAAUUGAGCAACGUCGCCUCUGGCCACUCAGCGCCCGAGCAGCUCGUGUCGGGGGCGGGACCAGCCGAGAGGACGGGGCGGGGGGGGGCAGCCGAGGGUAGCUCGGUAAUGGCGACGGGUUCGUCAGAUACUUUGGAGCAUCCUAACAUGGUGUGGGAAGUGAAGACAAAUCAAAUGCCUAAUGCAGUUCAGAAACUCCUUCUGGUAGUGGACAAGAGAACUUCAGGCAUGAACGAAUCACUGGAGUUGCUGAAGUGUAAUGAAAACCUGCCCUCUUCUCCUGGAUAUGCAUCCUGUGAUGAGCACAUGGAACUUGAUGAUCUUCCUGAACUACAGGCUGUGCAGACAGAUUCUACCCCACCUGCACUUUUUCAGCUUGGUGCUGAUGUUUCACAUCAGGAAUGUUCAAGGCCUUCCUGGAGCCAACAUACCUCAAACAGCAAUCCAGAAAAUGCUUAUUCUUGUGAGAAUGGGGUGAACUGGUUGACAGAAUUAGCAAAUAUAGCGACAAGUCCUCAGAGUCCUUUGAUGCAGUGCGCUUUUUAUAACAGAUCAUCUCCUGUUCGCAUAAUAGCAACAAGCAAAAGUUUACAUUCCUAUGCACGUCCUCCACCAGGAUCUUCAAACAAUGAUCCUAACUUCUCCAAGAAUGAUGUGGAUGAAACAGCAGUGAGACAUGAAAGGGUGAAUAGUGAAUCAGAAUCUGGCAUUUUCUGCAUGUCAUCACUUUCAGAUGAUGAUGAUUUGGGAUGGUGCCAUUCCUGGCCCUCAACUGUCUGGCAUUGUUUUCUAAAAGGCUCUCGUUUGUGCUUUCAUAAAGGACGCAAUAAAGAAUGGCAGGAUGUUGAAGAGUUUGCAAGAUCUGUAAGCUGUGGAAAAGAGGAAAAUCUCCCAGUCAGUCCUUACAAGGACUAUGGUUCCAAUGGUUUGAAGUUGAUUUCUCAUGAAGAAAGCAUUUCCUGUGGUGAGUCAGUGCUGAAGCUGACUUUUGAUCCUGGCACAGUGGAGGAUGGCUUGCUUACUGUAGAAUGCAGACUCGAUCAUCCAUUUUAUGUUAAAAAUAAAGGUUGGUCAUCUUUUUAUCCAAGCUUGACUGUGGUACAGCAUGGCAUUCCAUGCUGUGAAAUGCAUCUUGGAGAUCUGUGUCUACCUCCUGGACACCCUGAUGCCAUUAACUUUGAUGAUUCAGGUGUUUUUGAUACAUUUAAAAGUUACGAUUUUACCCCGAUGGACUCCUCUGCAGUGUAUGUGCUCAGCAGCAUGGCUCGCCAGCGUCGCGCUUCGCUGUCCUGUGGGGGAGCAAACAAUCAAGAUGCUGAGAGAUCAGAAUGCAGUAGUAAAAACUGUGCCUCUGCUGCAUCGUCACAUCUUUCCUCCAAUCCUUUGUACAGCAAAGCUGGCAAAAGCCACAGCUCAGGGACUGCAAGUACUGUGAGUGCCACUUCUCCAAACAAGUGCAAAAGACCAAUGAAUGCCUUCAUGCUUUUUGCCAAAAAAUACAGAGUUGAAUACACUCAGAUGUAUCCAGGGAAAGACAACAGAGCCAUAAGUGUGAUACUUGGCGACAGGUGGAAGAAAAUGAAAAAUGAGGAAAGAAGGAUGUACACACUAGAAGCCAAGGCCUUGGCAGAGGAGCAGAAGCGUUUAAAUCCUGACUGUUGGAAAAGAAAACGAACAAAUUCUGGCUCACAACAGCAUUAAGCCAGAAUUUUCCUGUUAACUCUGUAUUUACAAAAUGGCUGUUGCUUGAUGGCGAGAAGAUGCAAGAUCAAGGUCUUACUAUUUGUUGUGACUAUGUGUGACCAUAAAAUACUGGCACCAUCAUGGAAAUGAUCUGAGUGCAGAUUUGCUUUUUACAAUAGAACAUUAAGUAAGCUAAAAACUAUCAGCAUUUUAAACCAAAUUGCCUUAUUUUUCUUCCAAACUUCAUUAUGUAUCAGGUAAUAUAGGCUUGAAAAUGGAUAUCCUGUGGUGCUAAAGUACUUUAGAAAGAGGCGAAGGAGAUAUGUAUAAAUGUUUAUUUUUAAAAGAAAAUGUACAAAAAGGGGAAUUUUAAAAUAUGUAACAGCUGUUUAUAUACAUUGAUUCUUAUUGCUGAUUAAUAUGUAUUGCACAACUGUAUUAUUAAUUGCAAUUCUGGGGCCUGGGAUUUUCUGAAAUGGCAAAGUGUAUUAUCAGCUUCCAGCUUCCCAGCCUGCCCUGCUGCCAGCAAGUUACCAGAACGUGUGGGAAUGGAGGGUGUGCUGUGAUGUAGCAAGGGAACUGCUGCUUGGGAUGCCACUUAGAAAACUUGUAGCCACAAGGGAGAUACUUUUGCAUCAGCUGGCACUAGUGAGAGCUGUCAUUUUGUGGUGGAAACAAUGGCCCGGACAGGAUGAAACAAAUAAAUAGCAUUAUCUCAAGAAAAGUGGUGCUGUUGAUAUCAUCACCAUCAUAGUUAUAACUCUGUGUUUUGUCUUUGCCACAUAUUCUACAAUAUUUUAUUUUGCCAUAAGACAUCUUUAUGGUGGGGGCAAACUUUGCACUUAACUAUAUGUGCAACACUUGCACUUUACUUUUUUUCUCCUCCAACUGUCUAAAAUUAGAGCAGCUGCGUUAGGAUUACAAUUGCUUCUGCUGUGAACAUUUACAAUCAUGGCUUUUCCUGUACUAAACAGCUGUGUGUUGUUUUUUUUUUUUUUUUAAGAAUCACAACUGUAAAUUUCAGUUUAUGACACGUCUACAUGAUGUUGCCCCUAAGAUUUUUGCACACUAUAUUCUUGUAUAUUAUUUCAAAUAAAUUCAUUAAAAUUU